AUGUCAAGUUUGAAAAAUAGAAAAUCCACUACUGAUAAGGACCAAAAUGCCACCACCACCACCACAUCAUCAUCAUCAUCAUCAUCGAAAGUUACCAAAAACAAUGAAUUGAAAGAUAACGUCGAAACAACUUCAUUUGAAACUGAUGACAAAAUCACAAAACCGGUUUUAGAAGAUGAACCCUCAAAACACCAUCACCACCACCACCAUGAACACGAUCAUGAACACGACCACAACAACAACAACAACGACAAAGAAUCAACAUCAAUGUCAAGAACCAAUUCACUUCAAAAAAAGCAUCAUAAUAAAAAAUUGGUAAAGCACCAUCUGAAAAAGAAAAUAACCGAAUCCAGACGAGUUAUGUUUAUAUUUGGGGCAUUGAUUGGAUUAAUUCUAGCAGCAUUAUUCACCACCAAUUCUGAAUCAUUUACAAAGGAUCUUGAUAAAUUAGUCAAUCUUGAUCAAUUUAGCGAUAUUUUUGAUGAUUGGAAAGAUUUGAAAAAUUUGAAAGGAUUAUUACCUAAUGGGAUUCAAUCAUUAUUACAAGAUAAAGGUGUCAAUUCUCAAGAUGAUGGAUUCAAUGGAUCUGCUGAAUCUUUUAGUGUUGGAUUAAGACUUGAAAAUCUGAAAAAUUUCACUGCUGAACAUAAUGUGGUUAUGGUUCCUGGGGUGAUUUCUACGGGGUUAGAAUCUUGGGGGACAACCACUACAGGAGAUUGCCCAUCAAUUGGUCAUUUUCGGAAAAGAUUAUGGGGGUCAUUUUAUAUGUUAAGAACUAUGGUUUUAGAUAAAACUUGUUGGCUUAGACAUAUAAUGUUGGAUACCACCACCGGAUUAGAUCCUCCUAAUAUUAAAGUUAGAGCUGCUCAAGGGUUUGAAGCAGCAGAUUUUUUCAUGGCCGGGUAUUGGAUUUGGAAUAAAAUUUUACAAAAUUUAGCUGUGAUUGGAUAUGGACCUAACAAUAUGCUUAGUGCCUCGUAUGAUUGGAGAUUAACCUAUAUUGAUUUAGAGAAAAGAGAUGGAUAUUUUUCUAAAUUAAAGGCACAAGUUGAAAUCGUCAAACAAUUGACCGGUAAAAAAUCUGUGUUGGUGGGUCAUUCAAUGGGUUCACAAAUUAUUUAUUAUUUUUUGAAAUGGGUUGAAGCUAAUGGUGAAUAUUAUGGGAAUGGUGGACCUAAUUGGGUCGAAGAAUACGUUGAGGCAUUUGUUGACAUUAGUGGAUCUUCUUUAGGUACACCAAAGGCUAUUCCAGCAUUAAUUUCUGGUGAGAUGAAAGACACUGUACAAUUGAAUGCAUUAGCAGUAUAUGGAUUGGAACAAUUUUUCAGUAGACGUGAAAGAGUCGAUAUGUUGAGAUCAUUUGGUGGGAUUGCUAGUAUGAUACCUAAAGGUGGUGACAAAAUAUGGGGGAAUUUGACUUAUGCACCUGAUGAUGAAAUAGUGGCAUUUGAUACUGAAAAGGAAGACAUUGGAGAAAAGAAACGAUCAUUUGGGUCAUUUAUUAAAUACAAAGCCGUCAAUGAUACUUCUAGAGAAGUAACUAUCGAUCAAAGUAUUGAAGAUUUAUUGGGAAAUUCACCAGAUUGGUAUUCUAAACGAGUUCGUGAAAAUUAUUCAUUUGGUAUUGCUCAUACAAAAGAAGAAUUAGAAAAGAAUAAUCAUGAUCAACUGAAAUGGUCUAAUCCAUUAGAAGCAGCAUUACCAAAAGCACCAAGUUUGAAAGUUUAUUGCUUUUAUGGUGUUGGUAAUCCAACUGAAAGGGCUUAUAAAUACGUACCGGCAGAUAAAUCAACAAAGCUUGAUUAUGUGAUUGAUGCUGAUUCUCCUGAUGGAGUUGUUCUUGGGGAUGGUGAUGGGACAGUUUCAUUGUUAACCCAUACAAUGUGUCAUGAAUGGCAAAAAGGUGAUAAAUCAAGAUAUAACCCGGCAAAUGUCAAUGUCACCAUUGUUGAAAUUAAACAUGAACCUGAUAGAUUUGAUUUAAGAGGAGGAGCCAAGACUGCUGAACAUGUUGAUAUUUUAGGUAGUGCUGAAUUGAAUGAAUUGGUAUUGACUGUUGCUGCUGGUAAAGGAGAUACGAUACAAAAUCGAUACGUUAGUAAUUUGAAGAAAAUUGUAGAAAAUAUGCAUUUGUAA